GCCAUGGACCUGUUCGGGGACCUGCCCGAGCCCGAGCGGGCGCCGCGCGCGGCCGCCGGGAACGAUGCUCAGGAAGGACCUCUGCUCUUUGAUGACCUGCCUCCAGCCAGCAGUGCUGACUCAGAUGUUUUAGGUGUUGGCUGUCUUAAGUUUUGAACACAUGGCCUCAGGACCAGGGGGACCUUUGCUCUUUGACGACCUCCCACCUGCCAGCAGCAGUGAUCCAGGUUCUCUGGCCACGUCAGUUCCCCAGGUGAAGAAUGAAGGGAAAGGAGCAAAGAGGAAAACCUCCGAGGAAGAGGAGAAUGGCGGUGAAGAGCUUGUGGAAAAGAAAGUUUGUAAAGCCUCUUCGGUGAUCUUCGGCCUGAAAGGCUAUGUGGCUGAGAGGAAAGGUGAGCGGGAGGAGAUGCAGGAUGCCCACGUCAUCCUGAAUGACAUCACUGAGGAGUGCAGACCCCCAUCGUCACUCAUUACUCGGGUUUCCUAUUUUGCUGUUUUUGAUGGACAUGGAGGAAUUCGAGCUUCAAAAUUUGCUGCACAGAAUUUACAUCAGAACUUAAUCAGAAAAUUUCCUAAAGGAGAUGUGAUCAGUGUAGAGAAAACCGUGAAGAGAUGCCUGUUGGACACUUUCAAGCAUACCGACGAGGAGUUCCUUAAACAGGCAUCGAGCCAGAAGCCUGCCUGGAAGGACGGCUCCACUGCCACUUGUGUCCUGGCUGUGGACAACAUCCUGUAUAUUGCCAACCUUGGAGACAGCCGGGCAAUCCUUUGUCGGUAUAAUGAGGAGAGUCAGAAGCACGCAGCCUUAAGUCUCAGCAAAGAGCACAACCCAACCCAGUAUGAAGAGCGCAUGAGGAUACAGAAAGCUGGAGGAAACGUCAGGGAUGGGCGCGUCUUGGGCGUGCUUGAGGUGUCCCGCUCCAUCGGGGAUGGGCAGUACAAGCGCUGCGGGGUCACGUCUGUGCCUGACAUCCGACGCUGCCAGCUGACCCCCAAUGACAGGUUUAUCUUGCUGGCCUGUGAUGGGCUUUUCAAAGUCUUUACCCCAGAAGAAGCGGUGAACUUCAUCCUGUCCUGCCUGGAGGAUGAAAAGAUCCAGUCCCGGGACGGGAAGCCUGCCCUGGAGGCGCGCUACGAGGCGGCCUGCAACAGGCUGGCCACCAAGGCGGUGCAGCGCGGCUCCGCAGACAACGUCACGGUCAUGGUGGUGCAGAUCGGCCACUGAGGGGCGGGCGGGGCGGGGCUGGCGCCCAGGCCCCGUGCACUCUCCCCGUUCCGUGGCCUGUGGGACGCCGCCGUUGUAAAUAAAGCUUCCUUUUUUCCUA